UGUGAGAGCGAACACAGCGCACAUCUAUGGCGAGAGGGGCGCUGCAGGAUCUGACGUCAUGCUCGGAAAGCAGUCCUGCAACGGCGGGUGGUGUGAGACAUAUUACGCCCCCGGCAGGCAUCUCGCGUGUGCUACUGGUGAUGAUGAAUAGCAGCGGCAGUGGGUUGGGGAGAAUGCGGGACGUGGUACGCUGGCUGGUUUUGGCCCUGAUUUGGGGGCUCCCAGGGACAGCAGCCCAGGCUGAGUGUGAAGUCUGUAAGGAAUAUCUGCACAGACUUUAUCAGUCUUUAGUAGAAAGAAAUAUUGACUUUACUCCAGCUGCCAUAGAGAGAGAAUUAAUCAACACAUGCAGAGAUGCUACGGGAAAGGAAAACCGCCUGAAUGGGCAAGGGGAUGAGUCACUCGCAAAAGCGGAUGGAAAAGUUUGGAACAGAUGCGCCUUAUCAGGAAAUUCUCCAAUUGAUUCAGAGUUUGGGGACACCUAUCUGAUUGUGAAGAGCAUCAUGGCUGAGCCAGACUACAUUGAAUCUGAUAAUCCAGAUCUUAUAAAGCCCAACAAAUUAGUAAAUCCAGUGAAAACAUCCAGAAACCAUCAGGAUCUACACAGAGAAUUGUUAAUGAACCAGAAAAGAGGCCUCUCACCCCAAAAUAAGCCUGAGUUGCAGAAAGUUAUGGAAAAGAGAAAAAGAGACCAAGUUAUCAAACUACAAAAAGAAGAAGCUGAGCAGAAAAUGACAGACUUGGAGAUAGAACUACAAAAGCGGCAUCAGAAGCUAGAAGAGAUGGAAAUGGAAAAACAUAAGACUGAGGAGGAACAGGAAAACAAGCCAGAGUUUCUCAAAGUCAAAGGCAACCUCAGGAGAAUGAAUCAUGAAAUAACCAAUGGCAAUGAUUCUUAGAGGGACAUAAAGGACAUUCCUGAUAUGCUGUGGAAAUUUUACUGGACUAGAGAUGGACAUUUAGUUGAAGGCUUGCCUUAAUGGAUAAUUCCAAAUUAAUCCUUCAUCCUUGAAGAUUUUAAAGAUCCUAUCACAACAGAAACAUCUUGCAAGAAUCUGGAGCAGACUGUUCAUUGCGUGAUCUGGGUACAGCAACGUCUGCUUGGUUUUUUUUGUUUUUGGAAAAAAGCUGUUGAAGCAAUGGAUUGCUUGGAAAAACUGGGUGCUGCAUUGCCUCCAUCCAGGCUCUUUUUUUUUUUUUUUUUUUAACUAUUUUUGCAGGGUUAUAUAAAAUGUGCUGAAAUUUUUUUUUUUUUUUUUAACUAUUUUUGCAGGGUUAUAUAAAAUGUGCUGAAAUAAAAGUCAUGUCUUUUUGUUAUGCGGGGUAAGACAUUAGAAUGUUUUUUGGUUUCAAGGUUAAACCACCCAAUAACCUCCCCCCAAACCCCUGAAGUGUUAGAAUGUAGAAGUAAUUUUUAGGUAGAUCUGCUACACUGGUUUCAUAUAGGUGUUGUUGGAGUUGUCACAUUUGACUUCUGCUACAACACGCCUGAUUUACAAAUGUAGCUGCUUGUUACAGUAAUCUAUAAAUCAAAUGCUGGUCUAUUAUCACCACCUGCAUAUUACUUUGAGCAAGUGAAGAUUAUAUAGAUGCAUUAUUUUUAAUAAACGUAUGUUCGUAUAUAGAUCUUUUCCUGGUUUCCAGCUUUUGUUUAUGGGUGGCUAAAUUUUGGUGACCUAGAACUAGUAAUGGUCACACAACAGGGAACUUAGUUCAGCAGCGGUGUUAAACAUUUAGCUGUUGCUGUCUUAUACAGCACUUAUCCUGCAGGGAAACAAUAAAAUCACAUUCAUUUAUCUGUAGUCUAAAAUGAUAAGAGGCAGCAAUACUUUGCAUUAAGUCAGACUUCCCUAGUUUGAUUUAAUCCAAUAUGGAGAUUGGAGGGGGAGGGGUGAGGUGGGGGGCUGUAAAGUUACAGAUGUGUCCUGCUACAGCUAUGUCAUGGGAGCCUGAGAUCUGUUCACAGCCGCGGCUUUCCCAUAGAGGCGAAUGUAUCGUGGGUGCAUGCGUACACCACGUAGCAAGGCUGUAGCAUGACACAUCUGUAUGUGGUUAUCAUGAUGGCUAUGCUAGUAUUUCCUGAACAGGUAUUUACAGAUAUUUCUACUUGAUAUGUUUGGCUUCCACAACUUCAGCAAACUCUUAACUGGACACGAUGUGUUUAUUAUGUGAUUCGUAGUUUUACUGCUGCUAUAAUGUGUUGCAUGGGGACCAAAUAUCAAAGUAGGCUUUUUGACAAGGUAGGCUUUUUCUCUAGUGACUGUAAGCUACAUGGAUGCAAUGAUCAAGUUGUUGGGCAUGAUUACCAAGCAUAGUGGGGGAGAUAUAUAUAUAUAUAUAUACAUACUGGGUUAUACGGGAUGGAAACCUUUCACAUUUUUGCUUGCACCACAUGGAGGUGCAUGCAAUAACAAGCUACAUUUUCAUUCCCAUAAUUCCCUGCAGUGUGCACAGCCGCACAUGGUGUGAGGUUUUGAUGGAAUCUGGAGCUUCACUGAAUUCUCUCCAGAAUAAAUCUUUUUGUUCACAAUGACCAUAUCAUAAGUGGCUCUAUGCAUUCCUGUAAGUGAAUGGCACAUGAAUUGACUUGAUCAAGAAAUCCAUUUUGCCACAUUCAGAUUUUAAUUGGACAGAAGAAUCUGUUGGGCCCCACCACCAAAUGACGUGUGGCCAGUCUGCAUCUUAUUGCAUCAUGUCAGCUUUUAUAAAACAUCAUAACCACGAGGACUGAUUUACGGCAUUCAUUACAUUUACACAUCUUUGCCUCCCAUUAUGUAAUUCUAUAGAUGAUUCAUUCUUGUAAUUUCACCUUCUUAGUAAAGUAUACUAGAAACAUUCAUAUGCUUUAAAUAUAUUUAGGCAUUUGAAUACGUGCUUUAGUGGUGAAUGUUAGCAUAAUGACUGAAAAAGCCUUACUUUAUUUUGCAUCUGUUUACUUAUCCUUGCAAACUUGAACAUUCUGAGUUCAGCUGCUGGUAACCUGUGAGAAAAAUAGUUUCUAUGCUUACAUAGAAAAUACACUUUGUCUACUUUGUAAGUAGGCACCCGCUUCCACAUUGUCUUUUCACCACGUGCCAUACAUAUUAUUAAUUGACUUCAUAUUUCAUUACAAGGGGCCGGCUAUUUUUCACCUUUCUUAGAACUAUCUGUGCCAUCUGUAGAAGAGUUGGAGAAAGCAGUUUUGGGUACAACAUAAAAUCUAAUUCUCUGACAGGCUAGUUUCCUCGAUGAUGGGUUACACCGCACAUAUUAUAACUAGGGAGUCUCACUAGACGGGACCUGAUUAGCUGGCUUCCCACAAUUUUUUUGUUUGUUGUGAAACAAAUUCAAAAAGUCACUUCUAAUAUAAAUGAAUCUGUGAUCUGUGUAACAUGCUCACUAGAAACUGAACAACUCUUAUGAUUGUUAUAAUCCCUUUCUAAAGUUUUGGUAUCGAGCCUUCGCUUUAAUUAUUAUCCUAACCUUUUUAAUUUUUGCUUUGUCAAAUUAUGGAGGACUUAUACAUGUCCGUUGUUUAGCUAAAGGACACAGAUUCUAAGGAACGGCACCGGAUUAACAUUUAAAGAGAAUCUAUCUGGAAGUCUGUUAUGUUUUAACUUGCAUUUAAAAGCUCCCUUUUUUUUUAUUUUUAUUUUAAAUAAAGUACUUAUAAACCCCUGUGACAUGAAACUUGCUUUGGACAUAAAAUCCACUCGUACUUUGUGUUGUAAUAAAGUAAAACAUUUAUCGAUAUGUAACCCCCUCUUAGCCUUGGGUGCAUUGGAAGUGUUUAUUAUAGGAAGAUAUUAAUUUAAACUUCUUGAGGAGGGGAAAAGUUAUGUCUUUGGAAACCUGGGACACCUAGAAGUACAAUCCUGUGGAUAUUGUAUGAUGAUAAAAACAUUUAUUUACAUUUCUGAGUAACCAGUCGAAUAGUCUGAUACACCAACAAUGGUUUAUUCUAUACACAACAGGUAACAGAACAGUGCCACCUUUCAAUGACCAUGAAACACACUGCACACAUCCUGUGUCAAUAUUAAACAUUGCAUAGUUUUAAUAACUGUCAUUGUGUUUUUAAAAGUGAGGGUUAUUUUUUUGUUUCUGUUAGUUACAUUUAAAAAAAUUAAAUCUUGCUCAGGGGUACUAAAUUAGUCCCAUGGUUCCUGGUUUCUAAAGUCCAGCAAUUCCAAAUACAGGAAAUGUGUAGUAAUAGCUGAUGAUUUUUAUGUUACCUUCCUGUUUGGAAUAUAUAUAUGUAUCUAUAUUAUUUGUGGGACACUCACAGCUCUAGGUGAAAUAUUUUUUUACUCAUAGACAUGAGGCAAAUGUAUAGUCCUUUUAGUUUGUUUCAAAAUUUGUAAGCCUCUAACUUUGAUAACGAUCUAUUAUUAUUUUUAAUUGCAUUUUAUGAAGUUUGUCCUCUGUUAGUUUAUAUAAAGGGAACCUUUUAUUUUCCAUGACUCUUAAUUUGUAUUUGCUCUUGUAUGUUUGAUUUACUGUUAUGAAAUAAGGGUCAGAGUUCUCAGAACCAAAUCUAUGCUUAAUAAAGCUACAUGCUGAGCUAUGCAUA